UGGCAAAGCUGUGCCCCUGGGUCCAGUUCUCAGCACCACAGAAGCACUCCAUGAUAACUAUAAAUGUUACCAAAGGCUCUUUGGUCUGUGAGGCAAGUCCCUGCCCACCAGCACCCCUUCCUCCCUGUCAGACGUGGGGCUUGCCACUUGCAGAGCCCCUGGAGGCACUGGGCAUGACGCUUGGCUUCUGGCAGGUGCUAAGCCCAGGGCCGGCAGCCAAGCAGUGACUCAGGCUGUAGUAGGAUUCGUGUGCAGGCCCAGAACACAGGCUGCUGAGAGGUCCCAGGGCACCCUGGAACUUGGAGUGAGCCCUCGUUCCAUGCUGGGCCCAAGUCACUGUGGCUGCGGAGUGUCCACCCUGAGUACUCUAACUGAGCUCAGCUUCCAGGUGGGAUGCUAUGGAAUAUGAUGAGAAGUUGGCCCGGUUCCGGCAGGCCCACCUCAACCCCUUCAACAAGCAGCCUGGGCCAGGGCAGCAUGAGCAGGGAGCUGGCCAGGAGGUCCUGGAUGCUGGCCCUGAAGAAACCCCACCUGAGCUGCCUGCCGGGGAACCUGAGUUCCGCUGCUCAGAGCGCAUGAUGGAUCUUGGCCUGUCUGAGGACCACUUCUCCCGCCCUGUGGGUUUGUUCCUGGCCUCUGACGUGCAGCAGCUGCGGCAAGCAAUUGAGGAAUGCAAGCAGGUGAUUCUGGAGCUGCCUGAGCAGUCAGAGAGGCAGAAGGAUGCUGUGGUGCGGCUCAUCCACCUCCGGCUGAAGCUGCAAGAGCUGAAGGACCCUAAUGAAGAUGAGCCCAACAUCCGGGUCCUCCUGGAGCACCGCUUCUACAAGGAGAAGAGCAAGAGUGUCAAACAGACCUGUGACAAGUGCAAUACCCUCAUUUGGGGGCUCAUUCAGACCUGGUACACCUGCACAGGCUGCUACUACCGCUGCCACAGCAAGUGCUUGGACCUCAUCGCCAAGCCCUGCGUGAGCUCCAAAGUUAGCCACCAGGCCGAGUACGAGCUGAACAUCUGCCCCGAGACCGGGCUGGACAGCCAGGAUUACCGCUGUGCUGAGUGCCGCGUGCCCAUCUCUCUGCGGGGCGUGCCCAGCGAGGCGCGACAGUGUGACUAUACCGGCCAGUACUACUGCAGCCACUGCCACUGGAACGACCUGGCUGUCAUCCCCGCACGCGUCGUGCACAACUGGGACUUUGAGCCACGUAAGGUGUCUCGCUGCAGCAUGCGCUACCUGGCGCUGAUGGUGUCGCGGCCAGUGCUCCGGCUCCGGGAGAUCAACCCACUGCUGUUCAACUAUGUAGAGGAGCUGGUGGAGAUCCGGAAGCUGCGCCAGGACAUCCUGCUCAUGAAGCCUUACUUCAUUACGUGCAAGGAGGCCAUGGAAGCCCGGCUGUUGCUGCAGCUCCAGGACCGGCAGCACUUCGUGGAGAACGAUGAGAUGUACUCCAUCCAGGACCUGCUGGACGUGCACCUGGGCCGCCUGGGCUGCUCCCUCACCGAGAUUCACACGCUCUUCGCCAAGCACAUCAAGCUGGACUGCGAGGGACUGCUAUUACGACAACUCGACCACGUGCCCCAAGUGUGCCCGGCUCAACUUGAGGAAGCAGUCUGUCUUCCAGGAGCCUGGUCCAGACGUGAAUGCCUAGGAUGCUGCUGGAAGUGCCAGGCACCCCUGUCAUCUGGCAUGCACUGGCUGGCAUUGCCAAGGAAAGGGCAUUCUGCUGCAGAGACCCCUGGGGUACAUCCCACGGACAGAGGAGGUACAGCAGUGCCCAUCAGGACCGAUGUUGUUGGGGCACCUGCUGGGACCUGGGGCGGCUGCAUCUGGCUAGUACCCAUGUGUGCCACUUUGUGGGGUUGUGAUGUGGCCACUGUAAACCCCCCUGGGGAGCGUGAGCUGGGUGAGUCACCAGGGAGGGAAGGAGGACCUCUGGCCUCCCUCACAGCAUAGCCCCUUCCCCCACCCCAGGCCUCUGGCCCUGAAGAUACCCCUGCUCCCAUCCAGCCCACUGUGGCCACUGGCUAGGCUGAGACCCCCGAGGGCUUCGAUGAGGAGUGAGACCCACAGAAGCCACCUGCGUACACUGCACAGCCUGAGUUUAGUCUGCCAUGAUGAUGGUUUAGGCUCCCGUUCCUCCCAGCCCCUUUGGGGGAUUCUACUGGUCCCUGUCAAGCAUGUUCAAGUUGUGUCCCACGCACCUGCCCUGGCCUCAGGCAGGCAGUCCAGUGGGAUUCCUGGCUUUUGUACAAUGAGCAGAGAAAGGCGCGUAGGAACUUGAUCAGCUGGAGACCCCAGCUCUGGCUCCUGCUCUGGCCUGACCCACCUGGGCCUGGUGCUCUGAGCGGGGCAGCCACGGGCUUUUCCCACACAGCUGUCCUGGCCUCCAGGUGCUCCACAGGGAUCGUGUCCCUGGGGGAGGUGCCAAGUCAGGCAAGAGGGUUGACUGCAGUUGGCCUGGGUGGCAUUUCUUGGGACCAAAGUUGUCGUGCUGCCACAGUGCCUGUGGAGGGUGUAGUGGCCUCUGGGCUAGGUGUCAUGGAGUACUUACUCAGUGCAGCCCUGAGCAGAAGGCCUGGAGCCCCUGCAGAAAAAGCCUGGCUGCAGGACUUCAGGGGAGCCACACAGCCUCGUUGUUUGCACUUUACAGGUGCUGUGGUGGGGGUGUGGGAAGGGCCAUCUCUGGACAGCAGAGGACGCUGGUAUCUGUCUGCCCCUUUCCUCUUUGCCCCGGACUGAGCUUAGCUGUUGACACACAUUCAGUGGGCAGAGAGGCCAGGGGAUGUCACCAUGUGGGUGUCCGUGCUUUUGGCCAAGUGCAGCAUGAGUCACUCCACCAGCAGGAAGCAGCUGAACUCACUGAGGCAUUUGAAGAGCGGAUGCAACAGCUGCGCCUCCUCUCCGCCCCGUGCCAGGUGCUUUCGGCAGGCUCUUUGCUUUCUCGGACCCCCCCUCUAAAAGCAGGGAGCAUGGUACGGCCUGCCUUGGUGGAAGGGGCCCUGGCCGAGUCCUGUGAGGAGCGAAGUGGGGCUCAGUCCGUGGCCAGCCUGCUCUGCCUCCCCUCCGCUGUGGUACUGAAUGUGGGUCAAGCCAAAUGUCAUUUCCUUCGCUCCUAGACAUGCCCAUCUCCCAUCACCGCAUCACGUCUCUGCCACACACAUUGCCGUUGUUGUUAUAGGCAGGGUCUUGCCCUGUAACUCAGGCUGGCCUUGAACUCCCUGUGUAGCCAGGCUGCCCUCGGGCCCACGGUGAUCCUGCUCAGCCUCCUGAGUGCUGGGGUCACAGGCAUGUGUCGCACGCCCGGCACAGAUUAUCACCAUUGUUCCCACACCCUGUGCUGUCAGCGUCACAGUAGCCCAUUUUAAAUUACUGUGUUCACAGAAAAUGUCAAGUUGGUAUUUUUUUGGACAAAGAGUUGGGUCCCUUUUUUUAUUUUUUAUUUUUGGCAGAACCGGGGAUUGAAUUCAGGCGCUUGCGCUUGCCAGGCAAGCGCUUAUUCUACUGAGCUAUGUCCCUGGCCCCUCGGUCCCUUUUUCAAACCCACCCAGGACCUUCUUCCCCAAUACUUCUUUAUCUGUCCCUUCUCAAUGACACAGUUUUUGAACAGAAUCACGUGUGGAUCCUCCCAUCAGCCCACAGAAUUGUAGGAAAACCCGGACAGGAGCCGAUCUGCACGGCCGGCUCCUCCUAGAAGAGCGCACAGAAGGUAUCCCGCAGCGCAGGCGCCAGCUGGCCCGAGGAAGGCGCUGUCAUGACAACACGCAGUCUCCUCAUUAAACUUGUGUUCUCUGGA